GCCAUCCCACCCCCUCGUGUGCCGUGUCGGCCUUCAUAGGUGCUACUCGCUAAUGGCACUCUUGUCCUAACAGUCUGUUAAAGUUAUGCGGGGGAAUCUUUGAUUGUUCGUCACGUACGUUGCAACGUGCACCGCCGCUAUACCCCAUGUGCAAGAUUAUUACGGUAUAUACGUACGUGAUCGUUCACGUGUGCAGGGUCACACGAAUUUUAACGCGGGCAAAAAAAAGUUAAUUACACGUAUGAACGUGUCCCUUGGUUAUUUACACGAUUGUAAGUGCAAGGUUACGUCCACGCUGGAAGCACUCGCGAUUAUAUGCACGACUGUUAGGGUGUUCAAGGUUAUUUGCACAUCAAAUACAUGGAUAGGAGCAUACGAUUAUACGCACAAUUUCAUCUGUGUGCCAAGGUUAUAUGCGUGUUGACAAAUGUGUACAAGGUUAUGCAUACUGCAAGGCUAUACACGUUCAUACAUGUUGAUUUGAUUAUACACUUGAACCUGUGCAAGGUUUUAUAUAUAUACUUAUUAAAUUGUACGGUGCAUGCACGAUUACAAGCGUUGAUGCAUUUUCAAGGUUAUGUCUACAAGGGCGUAUGCAAGCUUUAACUACAGAUAAACCUGUACAAGUGUGUGGACAUGUUUACACGGUUGUGUGCACGUUUACAAACUCGUAAAUACGACAUCGCAUUGUCAGGCCACUGCUACGUGGUCUGCCCACGUGGCACUCACGGGGGUUGUUUGACCAUACUUCACCACGCUGGUAAAUGCGGGUUGGGUAAGUAGAGGCUCAUGAUAGGAAGCGAAUUUAUGUAUCCGGGUUCGUAGUGCAGUUCGAUAAGUCCUGUCACCGCAUCAUCCCUUAAUAACACGAUUCCAACACUUGAAUAAACACGUGUACAAUAAUAGACACGUUCAUGAACGUUUAUACGCAUGUUCAUAAGGUACGCGACUGUGAGCAUAGUGUAUUUCUAAGCUUGUACAUGUGUACACGUUUGUAAAUUGACAACACGUUUCUAAGCGUAUACAAUGCACGUAUAACACACCUUUACAUGCAUGUACUGUACAUUGCUGUAUGAUAUACAUGUAUACGCUUGUGUACACGUCUAAGCAUAUACACCGUGCUGCAUCUAUACGUUUUUCGGUACGCACGGUUUUAUCUGUGCGUCUCAACAUAGGUGCUUCGUGUACGCAUUCUUGAAUUGAAUGUACACUGGUAAAAAAAGAUGUACACUAUUCUGCAUGUACACGUUUCUAAGUGUGUACACACUUGUGUGCAUGUCUAAGCAUAUAUACACUGCGAACUAGACAACGUUUGUUGGGCGUGUGUACACCGUGAGUGUGUGUGCGACUCGCUGUGUGUACACCGUGAGUGUGCGACUCGCUGUGUGUACACCGUGAGUGAGUGUGCGUGCCGCUGUGUGUACAGCGUGAGUGAGUGUGCGUGCCGCUGUGUGUACACCGUGGUGAUUGACGGUGCACACCCGACCCCCGUGGUAUGUGCGCACUGCUGCUGCUUGUAGCUGCGACAUUCACUGCGGGCGUGUUCAGCCAUCCUCCGCCCUCCUCCGCUCACCCUCGGAUCGGGCUGGUGGAGAAACAGUGCGCCGACAAUUGCCGACUCAUCCGAUAUUGGGUGGUGCUUUCGUUAAUCUUUUUUGCUUUUAAUAAGGGGGUACAAAUAAUAAUAAUAGCGCCGCCGUGGUGAAUUCUCUCCAGAGAUUUCCGCGUAGAUGUGCGCGUACGGGCCUUUAUGCACUUAGCUAUUGUGGCGGCGACAGUUUUACGGUGAAGUGUGACGCAGGCCCCCGCCGCGUGUUUGCGCGUUACAGUAGUGGCGACAACUCGCAAUGAUGCAUUUUUUUUACACCCUGCCGGUUGGUGGUGCCCAUUGAAGUGAGUGUUGUAAAGCGCAUUGACCUCUUGCGAAUCGUCACAUUCGCAGGAAGGAAUGAGUGGGGGUGGGGUGGUUAUGCUUUUACACACACACACUCUCGCGGUCUUUCCAGCUUAAAUUGAGAUUGUUAAUGACAUUGCGUACUGGCGGCAAGCCGCCACACACGCGGCUUAGGCCUCGUUGCAUUGCCGAGGUGGCCAUUUGACGGUUCACAAUGCAAAGGGCUGUGCCCGCCACCCCACAGCUGUUCAACUAGCACACGGGGUUUGAAAGUGGACACCAGCCUCGUUCACAAUGCCUGGGCCCCGAACUCGGGUGUGUGGCGUUUUCUUUCACCCUUGAAGCGAGACGGUGGGCGCACAGCAGGCCUCAUUCAUUGUGUUGAUGCUCGGACGCGUACUAGGAAGUCGAGCUUUCAUGUACAGGAGACGUGGCCCAGUACGUGCCUUUAAAGUUAACGUGUGUUUCUUCAAUCCGGGCGAGAGUUGUUGAUCGCUUGACUGAAGGUUUGAUUGAUUUCUCGGCCAGUCUUGUGUGUUGCGCGUCGUUGACUUGUCAAUAACUUCGUUACUUUGUAAUUUUUUUUUUUACUUUCAGCGUUGGAAGACUUAAAAGGGACAAAAUGACAUCGGACCGGGACAGCGAAGUUGUGGCUGAAACUGCCCAAGGAUCCACGUUGCCGGUUACAUCAGAUGGCGUGAUGUUGAAUCCAAAUGCUGAAGCUUGGCAUAAUCCCAUGGAGGAGGCAGUGGGAGGGAUGGAUGGUGGAGGUGGUGGAGUUGCAGUGGUGGAGUUGGACGGUGGUGGCUGCACUAAGGAUGGAGCUUUAAAGGAAACCAUCCCAGCAUGUGCUAUCGCAGUCUAUGCACGGAUGAAUGGCAAUGGCGGAGCGGAGACACCAACGGCGGGUGCGGACGUGCAGUCUCAUCUUCACGCCGAGCCAGAGGAAGCCCAGUCCGUGGCCGUUAUCCCACCGGGCGAGCCCGACGGCACCAUCGAUGAGCCUCAGGUCGCGACUGCUGAGCAGCAGCAGGAUCCCCGUUCCAGUUCCCAAGAACCGCCUUCCAAUCCGGCGCCGCUCCCUCCGGCCUCAACGCAGAGCCCGCUGGCCGAGAGCUCAUCCCCGGUCACUGGCACCGUCGCCGCGCCGCCCGAGUCCCCGUGUCCCACCGCCAGUGCCACUGGCGACUUACCUUUUGAGACGCAGGCGGCUGUGGCUAGCGAGUCGCACGGCGACACUGCCUGUGUCGUUGGGGAGGCUCGGUUGGCAUUGGCAGCAGAGCCCGCGGAUGCCUUGGCCACGGAGGCGCCAGCCUUGAACGGAGAGGUGGUUUUGCUGGCGGCGGCACCACCGCAGGAGCCUAUCCCCGGAGAGUACGAAGCCUUGCAGAAGAUAACGCAAAUUGGUGGAUCUGAACUACAAGAAAGUAACACUAUGAGUCCAGAGGAGCUGAAGGAAGUCCUGAAAAAGCAACUGGAAUACUAUUUUUCAAGAGAGAACCUGGCAAACGACCUGUACCUGGUGUCCCAGAUGGACAGCGACCAGUAUGUUCCCAUCUGGACCAUUGCCAACUUUAACCAAGUCAAGCGGCUCACCUCCGACCUGCAACUCAUCGUAGACACCCUCAAGUCAUCUGCCCUGGUGCAUGUGGAUGAGAAAGGGGAGAGGGUAAGGCCGAAUCAAAAGCGCUGCAUUGUGAUCCUGAGAGAGGUUCCCGCGAGCACGCCUGUGGAGGAGGUUGAGAAGCUGUUCACCAAUGGCAACUGCGGACGGUUCGUGAGCUGCGAGUUUGCUCACAAUGACAGCUGGUACAUCACGUUUGAGACGGACGCCGACGCUCAGCAGGCUUACAAGUAUCUGAGGGAAGAAGCAAAAACAUUUCUGGGAAAACCCAUUAUGGCACGGAUAAAGGCCAAGCCCAUGGCCAUGAAUGUCUUCCUGCCGAAGAACGGGCUGCGCUCGGCGGAGGGAGGUGGCGUAGCGGGUGGCGGUGGGGCAAUUUAUGCGCAGCAACAGCAGCAGCAGCAGCACCAGCAACAGCAGCAGUAUGCGCCGACCAUGUACAUGCAGCCUGUGUAUGCCCCACCUCCGGCACCGCCACCCCCCACUCAACAGCAGCAGCAGCAGUACCCGCUCUACAGCGUGCUGCCCCAGCCCUGGCCGGCCACACCGCAGGGCUAUUUCGACACCGCAUCUCUGGCGCAGGCGGCGCAGGCACCACCUGUUUACAGGGGCGACUUGUCUGUGGAUGCGUGGUUGCAUGUGCAGGCUUUUCAGAAUGCGGCCUUCCUGAAUGGGUUCCCAGCACCCGGCCACUACAAGCACGGAAACUCGCUGCCUCACAGGCACUUCUCCAGCAGGGGCAGGGGUGGCGGCGGUGGUGGUGGUGCCAAGUCGCACAUGAGGAGCCACAUCGACAAGUUGUCCUCCUUCUCCGAUAGCAGCGGGGGCAGCACCGCCACGGCGUUGGCCUCGUCCACCUCUCACUUCACGCAGGACCAGACGCCGCUUGUCAACGGGGAUGGGCGCGGCGUGCCGCCCCAGCGAAGGCCCCUUAGCGCCGGCGGCGGCAGCGCCGUCUUGGCCGCCGUGGGCGGCGGAGUUGGUGGCGUCGGCGGCGGCCACCGCGCCAGCUCGGAGGGCGGCUACAGAUCUGGGGCAGAGCCGCACUACCGGGCAGUUUACGAGCCGAUAGUACGCACAAAGUCGGAGACAUCCUACCCGCGGAGAGAUGAGCCCUCGCCUUCGCGCCGAACGGAAAUAGACCUCGGAGACUCCAGCCUUGUGUCCGCUAGAGGAAGGAAAACCUUCAGAGGGAGAAGACGGCGGGAAGAUGACAGGACCAGCGUCAUCCCCCAGGCCUCGGCAGAGCCGAACCAGCCGGUGCCACCGCUGCUGGCUGCCGCUGCGGCAACGGCGACGACGGCAACGGCGGCGCCACCGCUUCCUCCUCCCCCCCCGCCGACCCUGCCGGCGCCGUGCGCCAAGCUGGAGCUGGUGCCGUCGGAUUUCCCCCCCUUGCCGGGCAGUGCCCUGGCAGCCCCGGGGGCCGCGGCGCCGAGCGUGCGAGAGGGCGGCCGGCACGAGAGCCGCAUGGCGGCGGACGUGGUGCGCUCCGGCAUUGGCAAGGGCGGGAGCGUGAACGGCACAGCGGCGGUCGUCGCGGCCAAGGUGCCUCCGGCCCAGCCUCCCUCCGUGGCCCCCGUCUCUCUGCCCCCCAAGCCUCAGAGCCCCUCCCCGUCACCACGCGUCACGUUUGGCAGUAGUGAAAGCUGCGUGUCCAGGGACAGUGUCCUUCCUGGGCCCCCUCACCUACAGGAGGCUUCCCCACCGGUCAUCAGCGCAAGCCCGAGUUCAGCCCCUGCAGUGUCUCAGAGCAAACACAGCACCAGCACGACUGAACCAAAGAAGCUGAGUUAUGCCGAAAUUUGCCAGAGGCCUCCCAAAGAACCGCCUCCCAUGCCUCCACCUUCAAGCGCCAGCAACGGUGUAACGGCGGCGGCCCCAGGGGACGGGGAGGACUGGGAGAACGGUGUGGAGGCGCACGGCGGCGCCACGAUGCCGCAGGGUGGCAGCGCCGCCACGGGGCCUCAGGGCGGUGGCGCCACGGGCCCCGGGCCGGCAGAGAGGUGGAGGGGGCGGGACACGCAUACGCGACGGCCGCCGCCCGCCUCGUCCCGUCGGUACUCUCCACCCGCGGCGCAUGGGGCCGCGAGGCGGCCGUACAGAGGUGGCUACCACGGCGGACCUUUCAGGCCUUACGUGGCGCAGGCCCGGACCCCGCAGUGAGGGCUCUGGCUGAAGAGAGGAGUCCGAUGCCGGUGGCCUCCAUUGGUGGGGGGGGGGUCGUCUUAGCAAAUCUGAAGGGACCCCAUUAACAUUGAGACUCUUAACACUUGAGAGAGAGCAAUGUACGGAGCACAGAGACAAGUGAUAGCAACUUGUAAACCUCUUCUUAUUCUCCCUAAAACACCACAAUGAGCCAUAUGGGACCUACAGAAUGAUGUGGAUCUAUGGAGUGAGCAAAUAACUGUGAAGCAUGAUCGCAUGACAUUUCGAUCUCCAAGGAAGAAAAAUGUGACUUUGCUGAUCAUCGGCCUUUGUGCGCUUGAAGAAAACCUCUUGAUUUCUUGAGGCUUUUAGACAAUGCACGAGUGAAUUGCAGCACUGUUUUGUACAUGUGCAGGGGGAGGCUGUUGUCUCGAGGAACCUAUUGCAAGCAAGGAGGGGGUGGGUUGGGGGGGAGGCAGUGUGUGCUUGAUGGACGUGGUGGGUGGCCCUGUCGAGAGAAACUCGCACCACUGCCACUCGGUGAGCCGCAAUGCUGGCAGGCGAGAGACGUUCAAUACAAUCAUCCGGACGUCUCCUGGAAAAGAGUGUAGUGUAUAUGUAAGCACACUAGCUAUGUACCAAAAGCCAUUAACUGCUUUUGGGUGGGUGUUUGUUACCUGUGAUGUACAAAAAAUGAAUUCCCUUAAUGCGAAGUGUGAACAUAGUUGUAUUUUUGCGCUACUGUACAGACACCUUAAUUGAUUUGCUUAGAAGACAUUUUUUUUCCGUGAAAGGUUUGAGAGCUGUCACCUUCCAGCGUCCCCUCGUCGUGCCGUCUCUGGGCGGAUUGGCGUACGCACAGGGUUUCAGGUGAAUAUUGUUUCUUCAGUUCAGGAAUCGGAGGUUUUGGCUUGGUAGCUACUGUAAAAACAUGGGCAUCCGCGCACUGUCCCAGGUGUGUCCACAGCUUCACCUGGGCUUGUGUGUCCUGCAGCACUGUCAGCUGAUUGUGCCUGAAUGCCAGUUUCUUAAAUUUCAGACAUGCUUGUGUUGCUGUGUACAUUUUCAAGCUGGCUUGGUGUUUUUUUAUUUACUUGCUGUUAUAUAUCAUCCCGCUUUUGCUAUACAUCACCGUGCUUCUCUUUCUAUGUUGCUCACACGCCUAUGAUGGCGCUUCACAGACGACGCUUCACAGACGACGCUUAAGUAGUUGCUGUGCUUCUCUGCAGGCUGUCUGCGGCCAAAUGUGUUAAUGUGACCAAAGGCUUUUGAGGCACUAAGCUUAAAGGCCUCCACGUGAGAUCCAGAAGACAAAAACGAGCUGCACUCUAUAGCUAGGCUAUUGAAACUAGUGGCUCAAAGAAAACGUAAAUUAAAUAUAAUUUUUUGGCUCGAGAUUUUUAUUAUUAUUUCCAUCUAGAAGGGUGCGGAAAUGUCACUAGCGUGCGUCAUCCAGGUGCUCGCAGGAAGGCCUGAACGUUAGAGCGUGAGUUUUUUAAUGGCGUUGAAUAUGAAAUGUUCGUAUCGGAGUGCAGUGCCUGAAGAAGGCACAAUUCCUAUUCUACGUUGUUUAUCGAACUGCGUUGAUUCUAACAAAUUUGCCACGAAACACCCCCCCCCUUCCCCACUAGUCUAAAUAAAUGGUUGUGUACUA